AUGGUCAAGCUUGGCGACAGAGUUAGCAUUGGUGGCUAUGGUGCCGUCGUUCGAUACAUAGGAGAGGUCUCUGGUCACCCAGGAAUGUGGGUGGGAGUCGAAUGGGACAAUCCAGAUCGUGGAAAGCAUAAUGGUGUCGUGAAUGGUGUUCGAUACUUCGAGACCAGCCAUGCGAAAGGAGGAUCUCUCGUCAAUAUUCAGAAUGUGAACUCUGGAGUGGACCUGUUAGCUGCAAUUCUGAAUCGCUAUGCUGAUGCUGUCGAUGAGAACGACUUUGUAGUUAGUACCAAAGCUGUUGAGUUGGUUGGCAUGCAUUCAACAUCCAAGAAGCAGAGCAACAUUUUCGAGUUGAAGCACAUUGUGUUGGAAAGCUGUCUCGUCGCGGAACCCCCUCCAGAAAAUUGUGCACAGUUCAGAAGAUGUGUUUCUUUGAAUCUCUUCAAUAACCUACUCUCCCGAUGGGAUGAUGUACGAAAAAUUCUGAAGUAUUUUCCGAAACUUCAAGAACUUGUGCUCAGGAAAAAUCGCAUGGACCCGGCAGAGUAUGGCGAGCAAUGGCGAGAGGUUAACUCUCUUCGUGAUUUAAUUUUGAGUGAUUGUGGUUUAACAUCGGAAUCCGUGAGUUGCCUUUCAUGUGAAUUCUUCAAGAUGGUCAACGUUUUGUGCUAUCUGCCGAGUGUGAGGAACCUUUAUGCUGUAAGGAACAGCCUAACUCGUUUUCGCGUUCCCGAUAUUGCUGACAGUCUCACCAGCCUCGAUAUCGCCAAUAAUCCUAUUGCUUGCUUUUCAAAUGUAAAUGGAAACCUGAAGCGUCUUCAAAAGCUGUGUGUCGCAGGCUGUGGCAUCGAACGGAUCAUAAUAGCGGACGAUCAGUUUCCCUCAUUGACCACUCUAAAUAUUAAGGAUAAUAUCAUCUCCGAAUGGCGAUCUAUCAAUCGUCUGCAAGCACUCCCAAUGCUCUCUGUGCUUUAUAUUGACUGCGAACAUCUGAGCUGUGUAUCAGGCAUCGAUGUGCACGAGGUUAUAAUAGCAAAGUUGAGUGGCUUAGUGGAUUUGAAUCGUUUCGACGUCAGCGCUGUUGAAAGGCAAUCAGCAGAAGUUCGUUUUCUGGACAAGUAUUUUUCCACUGAUGACAGCAUCAGAGCAGAUCACGUGGACGAUAUAGAAAGACUGAAAAAGGUUCAUGGUAUAGCCGAUGUAGCCUCGAAAAGCUGUGGAUUAAAUGUUGUAUCGCUCUCAAUUUGCUACAAUGGCAAUAUUGUCAAAAAGCGAGUGCCUCUAGCAAUAACAGUGCAGAAGUUGACAGAAAUGGUUAUAAUAGCAAAGUUGAGUGGCUUAGUGGAUUUGAAUCGUUUCGACGUCAGCGCUGUUGAAAGGCAAUCAGCAGAAGUUCGUUUUCUGGACAAGUAUUUUUCCACUGAUGACAGCAUCAGAGCAGAUCACGUGGACGAUAUAGAAAGACUGAAAAAGGUUCAUGGUAUAGCCGAUGUAGCCUCGAAAAGCUGUGGAUUAAAUGUUGUAUCGCUCUCAAUUUGCUACAAUGGCAAUAUUGUCAAAAAGCGAGUGCCUCUAGCAAUAACAGUGCAGAAGUUGACAGAAAUGGUUAGUACCGUUUAA